GCAAAGUCCUGUCCCCCAGGAGACAAACUGAUUGAGAUCAGACUUUGCCCUGCACAACUCAUAACAGGAAGCAGAGUGGUGCCACACUAAAAGGUUUAUUGAGAGACACAGAAUGAACACAGAGCAGUCUCCCCCUCCGUACAAUCCCUAUUACCCUCCGCAAUAUCCUAAUGCAACGCAGGGCAAUGCUGGGCAGCCCACCGCUGGCAUGAUGCCCCCCGUUGUUGAACAUGUCAAUAUGGGGAUUCCAGACAGCGCUCCCCCAGAGUACACCCUGGGCUUUGAGAACGAGAACUGCUUUUCAGAUGCAGUCAUAAGAAGAGGUUUCAUAAGAAAAGUGUACUUGACACUUAUGGUUCAACUAAUAAUAACUGUUGGAAUCAUCUGUGCUUUUCUUUUUUGGGAGACACUCAGUGACUGGGUGAAACGCACUUCUUGGUUUACCUACACUAUGAUGGGUGUAACAGUUGUUCUAACCAUUGUGCUCAUCUGUUCUGGUGACAUACGUCGGAAAGUUCCCUUAAACUUCAUCUUCCUAGGGCUGUUUACAAUUACAGAGGGCCUUCUCCUUGGAUCAGUGGUAGUGUACUAUUCAGCAGAGGCAGUGCUCUGGGCGGUGGGUGCAACUGCUUUGGUGUCUCUUGCAAUGAGUUUGUUUUCAUUGCAGUCUAAAUGGGAUUUCACAGCUGCUUCAGGAAGCAUAUGGGCAAUGAGCUGGACGCUGUUUUCAUUCGCAUUGCUUUGUGCAAUUCUGAGAUCGCAGUAUUUGUACAUCUUUUAUGCAUCGUUGGGAACUUUGGUCUUCUCUGUGUAUCUGGUGAUGGACACGCAGCUCAUACUGGGAGGAAAGCACAAAUACAGCAUCAAUCCAGAAGAGUACAUCUUUGCUGCUCUGAACUUGUACCUUGAUAUUAUCACAAUUUUCUUAUUAUUGCUUCAAUUAAUUGGACUUUGUCGUUGAUGUGGUUUAUGAACAUUAUGAUUUCUGUCCCACUCAACACUUGUCUCACAUAGGCUCUGGGUUUUGAGACACAAUAUUACCUUCAUUUUUUAAAAACAUGACUCCAUUGUGUCUGUACCAUAUUAUAAAUUAAAUAUUGCAUCUAAAUCAGUAAAUCAGAAAAAUAGCUAACAUUUAAAAAAAAUAAAA